AUGAGAACGUCGACUUUGGUGGCCGCCUCCGCCGGCACGAUCUUGACCGGCCUUCUGGCUUAUGCUGUCUACUUCGACCACAAGAGACAGACCGAUCCGGAGUUCCGCAAAAGCCUGAAGAGAAACAACCGGCGCCUUGCCCGCGCCGUCAAGGAGGAAGCUGAGGCCCAGGGAGCUAUGCAGCGGGAGACCAUCAAGAAGGCAGUGCAGCAGGCCAAGGAUGAGGGCUUCCCAACUGACCUCGAGGAGAAGGAGGCCUACUUCAUGGGUCAAGUCGCCCGCGGAGAGGGUCUGUGUGCCGAAGGCUCGGACCAGAUUGAAGCUGCUUUGUGCUUCUACAAGGCCCUCAAGGUCUACCCCCAGCCCAAGGACCUGAUCUCGAUAUACGACAAGACCGUUCCCAAGGACGUGCUGGAGAUCUUGGCUGAGAUGGUUGCCAUGGACGCUGGUCUCAAGCUGGGUUCUUUCACUAGCGAGGGUGGCAGUGCUGACAACCACGACCUCGAAUAA